AUGAAGAUCACAUCACUGGCGGCUGUUUUGGCUGUGAGUGCUGUGGCGGUAGGCCAGGUAUCUGCCUUUGAGAGUGAUGGCCAUGGUGGGCACAAGUACACCCAAGAUGAGCUGGCUGCGUUCGUGGGUCAGAAAGAUGCACGCUACCAUCUGGAGCAGAUGGCGCGUGCUCGUCAGGCGGUUGACUCACGCAAGAAUGUACAGAAGCAGCGCCGUUGGUCGCCCUCGAACGGAUACGUGCCUGCCGAUGUGGCGUGCCCGCCGAUGCCGCAGGGCAACAACUACGUGGGCAUGAUCCGCAAUGCGUCGGACUUUAAGAUGAACAGUCAGGAGGCUGAUUACAUGAAGCGUCAUCGUCAAAAGACGCGUCCGGUGUGGCAGGACUGGCUUACGCGUGCCGGUCUGGACGGUGAUUUGCCGGGUGGUGUGGACCAGUACCUGAACGAGAACCAGCCGAAAGUCGGUAUUGCGAUCAGUGGUGGUGGUUACCGUGCGAUGCUCUUGGGUGUGGGUGUUGUGGAAGGUUUUGACUCGCGUAACGAGACCGCUAUGCAGCGUGGUGUAGGUGGUCUGCUUCAGGCUGUGGACUAUGUGUCUGGUCUCUCGGGUGGUUCGUGGGCUACGGGCUCGAUGGCCAUCAACAACUGGCCGACUACACAGGAGCUGCUGCAGUCCAUUUACAACCUGGACUCGAACCUGGUGUUCCCCGAUGAUGAUGAGCUGAGCUUCUACAUGGACCUGUUUGACGAUGUUGGUGACAAGAAGGACAGGCACUACCCUACGUCGAUCACCGACUACUGGGGCCGUGCGCUGUCGUACCAACUGCUGAACGACACCAUGUACAAGGACGAGGGUCAAGCGACAGUGUACUCUGACAUUGUCAACGUGACGCACUUCCAGGAUGCCAGUUACCCCUUCCCGAUCGUGCUGGCGAUUGGCCGUCACGACAAAGAGCUUAUGAUUGACCCGAACGCGACCUACUUUGAGUACACGCCGUACGAGUUUGGCACGUGGCAGCCGGCGCUGCAGGCGUUCAUUCCGGAAGGCUACCUCGGUUCGGUGCUGAACAAUGGUCAGCCGACUGACAACAAGUGUGUGGCAGGCUUUGAGAACUUUGGCUACGUGGUUGGUUCUUCGAGUACGCUGUUCAACGGUGCCUACCUUGCGGUUCUGCAGAGCAACCAGACGGGUGUACUGACGGACAUUAUCAAGUCGAUCUUGCAGGACAUUGGUAAGGGCGAUAACGAUGUGGCUCCUGUCCCGAAUCCGUUCCGUGGCUACCGUCCAACGACGAAUGGCUUCAACACGGCGCAGUACAUUGACGUGGUGGACGGUGGUGAGGCGAACCAGAACAUUCCGCUUGAGCCGCUGCUGCAGCCGGCGCGCAACCUCGACAUGAUCAUUGCUGUGGAUGCGAGUGGCGACACGAUGAACUGGCCGAACGGCACAGCUCUGUGGGAGACGCAGAAGCGUGCGAAGCUCGAGAUGUUCUCGUACAUGGCGUUCCCCGAGGUGCCGGACCAGAACACGUUUGUGAACGAAGGUCUGAACACGCGCCCUGUGUUCUUCGGCUGUAAUGCGCAGAACGCCACGAACACCAACUCGGCUGUGGACAAGUCGGCGCCGCUGCUGGUGUACCUCCCGAACUACCCGUACUCGGGCUGGGGCAACUCGAACACGUUUGAGCUGGCGUACAACAAGGACCACCAGCAGGCCAUGGUGCAAAACGCUAUGGAUGUGGCUACGAUGGGUGGUCAACAGGCUGACUGGCACGAGUGCUUAGCGUGUGCGGCGACGAUGCGUGGUCUGCAGCGCAGCAAGGCGCAGAUUCCGGACAAGUGCCAGAAGUGCAUGACCAAGUACUGCUGGAACGGCCAGACGAACGACUCGAAGGCGGCGAACUACACGCCGCCCAUCGGUCUCUCGCCGUUCAUCCUGACGAACGGUACGCAGCUGGUGGAGCCGCCGUCGACGGGCUCAAACGACUCGGCGAGCAGCAGUGUCACGGGCAUCUUUGGCAGUGAUGACGACAAGAGCGAUAAGAAUGCCGCUGCCCAGCUGGCUGCACCCCUGGCGUGGUCUACGGCGUUGGUCAUGGCCAGCUUUGCUUUCGCGCUGUGGUAA